UAAUGUACACUUUUCGAUUCGUCCGCGCUUAAUUCACUCGUACACCCGCGACGAUUCGGACGCGCGUUUUGUGCUCGCUCGGGUACCACACACCACAACGGCGUGAUGAAAUAAAACAAUAGAAUUCCUCCUGCCAAUGUAGCUACUGACAAAACAGCGAGUCAACAGCUCAUUUCAUCUUCCACAUCUUCCGACGAUGCAACUACAUUCAGUGACACGGUGACGGUGGUGAAAUAGUGAAACAACAAAACGAAACAAAAAAAUAAACCCAAGUGCAAACUCUAGUGCAAAUACCGACUACGUAAAGCCUACUGAGAGCGCGUUGCCAACAACAGGGCAGAACGAGCACGACGAAAAAAAAACGCUCUGCGAAACUGUGCGGCAGUUUCCAGCAUGAUAUCCUUUACGAUCAAACCAGCACUGGAAGGCGUUAGAACGACGACAGACGGACGUGUGAAGAACGUGCCAACAGCGGUCGCAGUGAAACCGGAAGCAGCAGCAGCAGUCGCACUGUAGUGAGCGGCAGAGAAAGUAAUAAAACAAUCUACCAAACGCAAUCCGAGGGAAGAAAAAAGGGAAAGAGUUCUGUCUGUCUGCAACGAGACGAGCGUAGGAAGAGCAAACACACCAACUAGCGAAGAAGCAGCAGAACAAGAAAGGGCAACGUUCCACCAGCUCCACGCAAGCGAGAGAACGGAAAUCAUUCGUUUUUCUCUCGAUGAAAAUCCAAUCGAUAAACGAACGGAAAAGGCCUGCAAGUGCCUAAGGAGAGUACCAGGUUUCCAACCAAGCAUUCUGGUGGACCAUUAUAUCAAACCGUAGACAAUAAACUAGUCAACUAAACUUGCAACGAAAGUUGAAAACGUUCCCUGAAAAGGACGUUAAACUACAGUUUGCGAAAGAAGCCGAAGCACCCAAACAGCAAAAAUGAACACCGUACUGCUAGAAUCCCGGCCGUACCGGCCGUUCAAAUCGAGCGAGGAGUAUCUGUACGCGAUGCGCGAAGAUUUGGCCGAAUGGCUCAACACGAUGUAUCCGGACCUGCGCAUCAACGUGGAAAACUUUAUGGACCGACUGGAUACGGGCGUUGCACUGUGCAAGCAUGCCAACAACGUGCGAGUGGCCGCCGAACAGUACGUCGCCCGGCGCAUGGCGCGGAACAAAUCCAUGACGAAAUCGAUCACAUCCGGGCUGGCCGGACCAAUCCUGAGCAUGGGCAAUGUGCACUUUCUGGCCGCGGCCAAGAGUGGCACCUUUUUCGCCCGGGACAACGUCUCCAACUUCAUCACCUGGUGCAGAAAAAGCCUCCAGAUUCUCGAGUGUCUGCUGUUCGAAACGGACGAUUUGAUAAUGCGCAAGAACGAAAAACACGUCAUCCUGUGCCUGCUGGAAGUUGCGCGUCGCGGUGCCAAGUUCGGUAUGCUUGCGCCCAUGCUGGUUCAGAUGGAACGGCAGAUCGAUCGGGAAAUAGCGGCCGACAAUCGGGCCAACGCGGGCGUCGGUUGCGGCACGCAGACCGAGGGCGGCGACGGCGAUGGUACCGGUAAUGGCGUCUCUACCGGGACGGAAACGGAGCUGUACGACAGUGACAGCGAGGAGGAGGACCACGAGUCGGAGUCGCCGAUGCUGAUGUACGGCCCACAGCCCCAGAUCGUCACGAACGAUCUGAAGAGCCUGGACGAAAUGGUUCGUGAUCUGGUGGAAAAGUGCACCUGCCCGUCACAGUUCCCGAUGGUGCGCGUCUCGGAGGGCAAGUACAGAAUCGGCGAUACCAAAGUGCUCAUUUUCGUGCGGAUUCUUCGUUCACACGUGAUGGUACGUGUCGGUGGCGGCUGGGACACGCUUGCACACUACCUGGACAAACACGAUCCGUGCCGCUGUCGAUCACAGCAUCGGUCGUCCGCCUCUGCCCGUCUGAUCACCAAAACUACCAACGCCAAUGGAAUCGAGCUGCACAAAGCUCAGGUUCAUUAUGAUCGUUCUGGUUCGCCGUGGAAAGCCAAUGCUACUCCCAGCCAGAACGGAUCGCCAAUCAAUAGCGGUACUAGUAACAACAGCAAUACUUUGUCACCUCCAGCACGUGCGCGAAGUCGCAGCCGCAGUCCCAGUGCGCAACGGCGCUUACCGACUGAAAACGGAGAUAAACUCCAACCACCUGGAUCACCGUUGAAAACGUCCCGACGCUCGGUUUCACCGAGUCCUCGCCGAAUGCAGGAGAACAGUGUGGCCAACAAACGCAAACCGAGCGGAAUACAGAGCAGUGCUGCCGGCGGUGUAGUGCACUUUGAAUGUGAUAAGGAGCUGGUAGCACCGGUAGUCGGAGCGACGACGGUCUUACCGUCGGAAGAUGACAAGAACCGCUACGAGAGCGUCAGCGAUAACGGUAGCGAGAUAAGUGAUGAGGGCUACCGCAGCCUGGGGCUGGUGCAGGGUGGCCAAACUGCAGGCCAAACAGCGAACGGUGCUGGCGGGUUGCGUAAAGGGUUCGGAAACAGUCAACAGUCGAGCGAAGAUGCAGAUACCAAUGCGCAUCUCGAGACGACCACUUCGGACUCGCAGGCAAGCCCAACCGAGGAUGAAAGCUCUACGAAAACGAACGACGAAGAUCUGACGCCGAUCUCGGACGAGCUGGCAGUGGCGAACGGAUCGCCGGUCGGGCCCCACUUCGUCUCCGAGCACGAUUCGCUCAUCGAUUGCCCGGACGGGGUGAUCUCGACCGGUCCUGCAUCCGGCUCGUUCGAAAGCUACGGUGUGUACGUGAACGAUGACGAGAUCACGGUGGACAUUGCGAAUGCGACCGGUUUGCGCAAGACGGGCUUUUCCGACCGUAUCCUGGACCGUACCAGCGUGGUUGCCUCUGCUGCCGCUACUGGUGGUGCUGGCGGUGUCGGUUCACGCAUUCCGCGUUCCCCGGUCGGGCCACGACGCAAGGAAAGUGCCGAAAGCACCGCCAGCGGCACGGUUACCGACGAGUUGACGGUGGCACCCGGGCUCCGCAAGCCAUCCAUCGCCAAAUCGGUCACGCGCAAACCGACCGCACUCGCCGGUUCCACCGCUGCGACGGGCGAAUCGUCGGCGAAGGAAACCAACACCUGGAGCGGACGAUCGAACAAGAAGCGACCAUCGCUCACGUCCCAGACGUUCAGUGCGGCGAGCAAGGGUGCUGGCGGCCCGCCAGCGCCCGGACCGUUCACGCGCAAUUCACCCGUUCGUGCCUCGCUGGCGGCGGAACGCACAAUGACCGGCAGAAACAGGACGCCGAAAGCGACCGGAUCGGCAUGCACCUCCACCAACACGUCCCCGAGCAAGAGCUCAACGGACGCGGUGGCGUUGCUGCUGCAGCAAAUCAAGGACACGCUGGACUCGGGUACGAACGAUACGCAGAUCGUCGAACGCGUAAGGCGGCUGGUAUCGCAAACGAGCGUACCGGACGAGCUGGUGGACGAUUUCACCACCGCCUGGGUACACUCCAAUGGCAAUCUCGAUCGGUCGAAGGUGAUGGUGGCAGGCGUCGGCACAGGCGCGUCCCCGUCCAAGCCACACUCCACACUGUCCAAGCGGGCAAGCACGCUCUCGAACGCUUCGGAUAGUACGCAGUCCAACUGUCGCGAUUUAGCGUCCGUCGUUUCGCCUAGGCGUCUCGACAAGGGCCUGUCGAAGAUUCCGGCUCCCGUUCGCUCCAACACGGGCCUGUAUUGACGAUGUGUGGCGUACCCCCCUGUACGUCCGAACGGCGUGCUACCCUAACCAUAUCCAGAACCAGCAUGUGAGCGGACGUUCAAGCUAAAUACGGUAUAUUUCCAUACCAGCAGCGCUGCUGCACUUCCGAUUAAGUUUGCUAGCGCAUUGUUAUGGACGACGAGAGAAGAAUGAAUUUGCCUGCCAGGCCCUUUUUGUAGCUGAAACGAUUAUUUGGAUUUUGAUUUCCUCAAAACGGCUCCACCGUUUCAUAACUAACCGACAAACCUUCCGAGGGUUUCCCACAUUGUAUCUGGCUUAUUCUUUGUUUGAUACCAUAUCAGAUUUAAACUAGAGGAAGUCGUUUUUGGUGACUGAACAGAGAGAGAGAGAGAGAGAGAGAGAGAGAGAGAGAGAGAGAGAGAGAGAGAGAGAGAGCGAGUUACUCCUUGAGAGGGAGUACAAUUGACGUUGGCGUUAUCAUUCCCGGAGUAUGACACGCAACAUCCUCAUGUUUGCCAUUUUUUGCGGUCCAUGUUUUGCUUCCCGUUGUUAUUGUGCUUAGGAUUGUUUUGUAGUUAAAAGAUGAUUUAAAGAAAAAAAAAGCCGUGCUAUACAUACAACUUGUAAUGCCGUACCCUAUCAUUAUGCGCUUCCAUAUCGCAGCCUUGCGCGAACAUGCUCUUUUUCUCAAUAAUAAUUACUGGUGUUUUACGUUCCUAGCACGUGUUUACCCGAAAGAUGGCGAAUGGAAAUUUCAAAAUGCCACGUUAGGCGCUAGCCAUCCCAACUGCUAUGUGCAUUCACUAUCGUUUAUCUGGAAUAAAACUAAAACUAGACACACGUUGAGGGGGUAGGAAAAAACACUAACUAAAGAUGCUUUUGAUCCCUGAGAGUGCUGAAGAAUGACUGACUUUUGCUUUUUACCGAGAUAGUUUAGGAAAGGAAGAAAAUAAGAUACGAAAUGUAGAAACCCUUUUCACACUACAAUAUAUCGACUGCUUAGUGAAAAGAGUUUUUUUUUUACUAGACCGUAGUUGAUAUCGGUGAGAAUUUACCGAAAUAGAUAAAGUGCUUGCAGGAAAAGGCAUGUUUUAAUACGAACCGCCCGAUACGAUGCGUCAAGUCUUUCCCAUUUUUAUGUAGCGUAACAAAAGCCGCAUUUUUUAAUCAUUGCACAUUUCCCAUUUUUAUGCCCUUUCUGCCUUUAUGGGAGCAAAAUGAGAAGCGCUGUGCGUGUAAAGCAGUGCAAUUUCCAUGACCGCCACUAAACUACAAAUUAUGAAAUAAAAAGUACGAAAUUCGUAGCGUCCAGCGUGAGUAGCGAGCCGGUUGAAGUACUACUAUAGCCGUAUUGAGCAAGAUGAUAACAAUUCAUAUUAAAAUUGAUUGACAUUUACAGAUAAACAGGCAAAAAUUGAGUAAAACGUAGCAUAGACUAUGAAACACGCGGUCAAUACAAUAGUGGCUAGAAAGGACGGUUUGCAUGUUGGAUUCGAAAAAACGGAAAAGCAAUUCUGCACGUACCUUUAUCACCUGGUGAUGAGGAAUGUGACGAAGGCGAGGAAAAGCAAGAAAAGUGGGAUUGAGAAGCAUUAGGCAUAAUCAAAGAGUGCUGUGCAAUAUGAGUGCGCAAUUGUGUUAAGUUUGCUAAACUUGGCGUAGAGCGCAGUCAGGAUGACAAUUUACAAUUGAUGAAACAUAAAGAAAAAAAAAGUUACUAACAAAACGCGCAGUUCUUGCAAGAAAAUCAAAAAAUCACGUUUAAAAAAUCACACGAUAAAACCUAGUUACGUACACAUUGUUUAAAGUUUUCUUUUUGCUGUUUGCUUUUAACAGUGUAUCAAGAAUUAAAAAAAAAGGUAGGACAGCAUAUGUAAUAAACUCCACUAUCUUAUUUGUGGCAAUAAUAAACGUAAAUAAACGUGAAACCUA